UCGAUCUCAUCUGAUCUCGGAAGCAGCCAACAAACUUAACACGUCGCGCAUCAAACUUCUCAAUCACGCAACCAAAUCGAUCUAUUUCAUUCACUUCAGAAGAAACGCUUUAGCGAUUCAACAAACUCUCUAGAAGAAAAUAUUGAAAAGACCUACAGAAAUGGAAAAGGCGAGCAUAAGCCAGCAGGAGCUUCAGGCCAUUAAGAGCCUUAUGCUACUCAGCAACACUCACAAAAAUGUCAGUGUUAAAAACCAGCUUCUGGCACUUAAAGAAGUGAACACCAGACAAAAUCUGGAAAUCCGAGGCCUGAAAUGCAAAAUCAGCAGCAUGGAGAAAAGCUUUCGCUUAAUGGAGGAAAAACUUUACAAAGUGGAGAACGAGUUGAACAAAGACCCAAAGCCCACAGCAAAGAGAACUGGAUCAGACAUGUCACCACCCAGGAAAGCUCAAAAGCCUCGACUUGAUGCUGCUUCAGCUGAUCCUGUAAACACAACACACACAACACAAUCUCUCAUCUCCAGUGCAUUAGAAACACUACAAAAGUCCUGUUCUGAUGUUUUACCUACAGACAGGAUUCAUGCACUUCUCACAGGAACAAGUGAACUUCCUGUUCUGAGAGAUGAAGAGAAACACGUCAUUUCUGAGUUUUGUGUAGAAGAGUCCUUAGCAGAGAUGUUUCUGUCUGUGAUUUUGGAGAAGAUCAAGGUGGAGAGAGGGUUUAUGGGACAUGAUCUCCUGCAGUCUCUCUGUAGGGUUUAUGUAGGCGUGUGUCAACAGAGAGGAGACUGUCACAAAGCACAUGCUCUCGUCUACAGACUCCUUAAAGAAGCUUUUUUACAGAAGACAACAUCACAGUCUUCCGGGUUCUCCCCGUCUCUGCUGGAUUAUCUCUUUCUUCCACAGGAGUGGCUCUCGUUCCUGAUCAUCCCCUCAUCUUAUGCUCGUGUCUUAUGCUCGUGUUUUUUUGUCUCGCCUCAACCCGCCCUGCACCUGUCCCGUCACGUCAGGAGCCUCAACCUGAUCUCAGCUCCUAGGGUGUCUUCAGCAAGGUCAAAGAAUCCUCCCUUCCACCACACCAGCCACAUGACUGUGCCAUCAACCUGUUGCCUGGAACCUCUUCUCCCCAUGGACGUUUGUACAAUCUGUCUGGACUGCAGGAGGCCAUGCACCAGUAUAUUCAGGAGUCUCUCUCUGCCGGGAGUAUUCACCCUUCCUCCUCCCCUGGGGCUGGGUUCUUCUUUGUGGAGAAGAAGGACAAACCCUUCGUCCACGUAAAGACUAUCAGGGACGUAACGCCAUUACUUUUAAGAAUCGCUAUCUCCUACCACUCAUGGUGAACGGGAGCUCCUGGCUAUCAAGCUGGCCUUAGAGGAGUGGUGUCAUUGGCUUGAGGGGGCCAAGGUG